AUGUUCAGUGGACACCGGGGCCUCUCGCAUUUUCCCUCAUAUCCGCCCCCCGCCGGCCCCGUAAUUCUUGCCAUCCUCGUUAUCAUUAUCAGUUCCCAUCUCCGCGCCCAAUUCUUGUAUAAUACGCAUCCGCCACCCCGCCGAUUCACGCCCGCCCGCGCCCUGUAUCUCCCGACCCCGCCCAUCUAA